AUGGACCUCAAAUUAGCCGACGAUACUGCAAUGCCAUUUGAGUCUCUGGAAUCUCUGGUGGUGGCUCUUGAUGCAUACAGCAAUGAGGCGAAGCUCCUAAGCUUGGAGAAGUUUGCAGUUGUUCUUUUGUUCGCCUCAGUGGUGUGCGCCGUCCAGGCUGAUGAUGAUGAUUCGCAAGGGGCUCAAGCGAGACUCCUCGCCCAAUUUGGCACAACUACUGUGACACAUGUUAGUACUGUCACCGUUAUGGCUCAUUACACUUGCGCCAAAUGUAACGAACUGCAACUUGGACUGACAAAACUUACGAAGACCAAGUCCCGCCCUGUUCCGCCAGCUGUCGCCUCCACCACUUGCUCCGGCCGGAGGCGACGUCGUAGAGUCAGGCUAGACAUCGGUAACAAUUACAACCCUGGCGCCUACGAGACACUCGCUGGCAGUGUAGUGAACACCGAGAUUGAACAACCCGAAGAAGGCACCGACAGGGGGAAACUCUUCACGGUUUGGAGGACAAGCAUUUCGACUCUCAUGAUCACGUCUACCUCUUACAAUAGGGAUAUCACCGUGUCUGUGUCCCUCUAUUGCACCAACGCCUCCAUGCUGUACGAAAUGUGUUAAACGCAGAAAGAACUUCCCUGGCUUAGGCAUCUCCAGCAGCAAGAUCAUUUAUUUUUAGUAUUAUGUGUAUGCAUAUAUAAAUUCAUUCGAUUGUGUGUAAAAUGCUGGCACUUAAAAUAAA